UCCCUUUAGAGGUGCCUUACUUAGAAUAAUAACUGACAGCGUUCCGUUGUUAUUCACAACAAGACGAACAUGAUCAAACCAUGCUGGCAGCUCGGUUAGAGCUUGAUGGUACUUUUGGUGCAAAGAAGAAGACAAGAUAUGAAAAACACAAAGAUGAGAUCAAUUGCGUGGCUUUCUCCAGGGAUCUGGAGAUGAUGGUCACUGGGUCAGAUGAUGGCAGGGUGCGUGUUUGGAACAGACCGAAAAACAUCCUGGUUUGCAGAUUUUUUGGACACACAGGUGCAGUCAAAGGGGUAGCUGUAUCUCCAGAUAGUCGCUACAUCGCCAGCGCUUCCUACGACCGAACAGUGAUUGUGUGGAGGACAAGAAACUCGGAUAUCAUUUACAAACUUCAGGGUCACUCAAGAUGCGUUGAGACGGUAGGGUUUUCAAGUGACGGUCGGCUACUCUGCUCAGGAUCAUGGGAUUGCACUGCUAUUGUUUGGAAUUUAGAGACUGGAACCCCCCGAAACAUACUAACUGGACACAAGAAUUUGGUGCAGUGCUGUGCCUUUAGCGCUAAUGAUCGUUUGCUAGCUACAGGUUCAUGGGACCAUUCCGUACGUCUCUGGGCGCUGUGUCGUCAGGCAGGUAUUGACCAGGUUAGGGUUCUUAAAGGUCAUACAGGAAACGUCCACGCAGUGGCCUUCUCUAAACUUGGCAUGCUGGCAACGGGUUCAUGGGACAAGACUGUUCGUCUGUGGAGUUCACGAGAUGCUCGCUGUCUUCUUGUGCUCUCGGAACACACCGGUUGGGUGAGGGCGCUGGCGUUCACUAAUGAUAGCAGUAUGGUUGCCAGUGCAAGUGAUGAUGAGACGGUCAAGGUAUGGGAUGUGAGAACUGGUGAAUGUGCCAAGACGCUUGAGAGUGAUCUGGAGCAGCUUCAGACUUGCGUGUUCUCGUCUGAGGGGGCGCUGUUUGCAUCCGGGGCUGCAGCAAUGGCUGUCGCCGAGAAAAAGGAGACACAGAGUAAAGAAGAAGAGGAGGUGAACAGGGAGAUGGAUGAAGGAACAGUUGAGGAGGAGGAGGAUGAUGAAGGUGGUUAGCUAAUGUACCAUAAAGGCCAAUGCACACCUUACAACUGGCCCAAGAUCCAAUUUUAGAACUUUUCGCAUUUCGCUGUUGAAAUAUACGGGGUACAAGAUAACGACGCAGAUAUAGAUGUCAGAAAAUCAUUUUGAUAUUCACUUUAUUCAGCUUUUAGCUCCAAUAGUCUUCAGACUUAACAAAAACCGAGUUCACAUACAACUACAUUUACAAGGUUGAAGAGCAUGAAGAGUCAACUGCCAGGUUGCUUAGCAUGGUACAUGUUUUCUACUCAAUACAUACAUGUACCAAUGGUCCUGUUCAGGACACACCUUAAAAACCAAAAAAAGUUUCUAUUCUUUAAGCACCUUGCCUGGUGCAGGCAUACAAUACAGUCUGACCUGUAACUUUCUAUCAUUCACUUCAGGCUCUAUGCCCAAGAUUUAUGCUUGCACCUGUUAGUAUUUCACAUAACUUUCUUUCAUUCAUUCAGGCUCUAUGCAAGGCAACAAUACACUUAUUUAUGGAAAAUGUGAAUGAAAAGUAUCCGUUUAUUUGAAAUUUCAAAUCGAUUGUAAGAAUAUUACUCUAACAAUUUUUUAUGAUGGCAAGCCUGUAUUUUGGAGUAAAGGCCAAUUGGUUUCAGAUCAUAGCCAAUGGUACGCGUCCCAUGUCUCGAUUACGAUUGGAUAUUCAAAUUCCUUUUUCAUUAUUAGGAUUGUAGGCUCAGUCACAUUUAACUGAGACUGAAGUGGUACUGCACACAGUUUCUGUGUUGGCCUUGCAGGUCAAAUGUGACUGAGGGAAUAGCAAUACCUUAAGAUCACCGCACACCUUACGGUUGGUCUGCGACCCGAUUUUGGAAUGAAACUUAGUAAAUUUUAUCCAAAUAGUGCGACAUGGAAUACCUUACUGUUUAAAAUUCUAAAUCAUCUUAUGAAUACUCACAUCUAUGAACACUACAAUUCUUAUAAGAAUAAAAGCAAAUUGAAUGGACUGAGAUCCAAUUAAAACAAAAUCGCAGAUGGUGUGUGCCAACUAGCAACAAGCUGUAACUGCAAUUUGAUUUGUUGCAGGAGAAUCACAGAUCAUAUCACAGACAUUUGACAUGUCGAAUCUUCCUGCCGUUCUGCCAUUUUGUUUAUUUCAGCCAAGCAGAUUUGUACCAGAUGAUGGCAUGUUGUAGAUAUUGUAAUGAUAAUAAUAUUCCGCAUUUAUAUAGCACUUAAUACGACUUGUGUAAGCAUUUACAGACAUAUCAUUACCCCGGUCAUUGGAUCCUUGCAUGCCCGAAUACAAUGUAUGCACCUUCUCCACUCCCUUGGGAGCAUUUCAACAAGAGUUCCAAGACUCAAUGGCUAGGCAUAUUAGCUUUCACAUACCACUGGUUACCCAUUUAACACCUGGGUGGAGAGAGGCAGAGUGUGAAUUAACGCCUUGGCAAAGGACACUAGGCCGUGGUGGGAUUCGAACACACGACCCUCUGAUUACAAGGCGAGAGUCAGAACCGCUUCACCACAGCGCUUCCAUAUAGGUUUCCCGUACAGUCUUUGCAAUAAGCCUUGUAUGGUGUACCCUCUGAGGUUUCCUUCAAAGUAACUGCACGAUUAUGAGAACACAUUCAUUGUAUGUAGCACCAAAGAUACUACAAGGGGAAGAUCGGACAGUAUAUAGACCGCGUUGAAAUGCUCGGGAAGAGCGCAGUACAGCAUUGAGUAAGUAACGAAUUUUUUUAACCUUUGCAUGUCGCGAGAUGGUUGUGUACAAAACAUAUGAGAGAAAUGGUGAAGGGGUGAAGGAAUAGAUGUUUUUAACAUAAUUUCUUUUAUUCAUUUUUUUUCUAUGAAAUUAAAGAUGAAUAUAUUUUUGAGGAUCGUGGGUAAUUAAAGGUGGAAUUGUUCCCAUGCGCGGCCCUUGAAACCUCUCCAAAAUCCCCUCUCUCAUUUUCUCCAUAUGUUUUAUUCCCAGCUGCGUGCCGAUGUGCGAUGGUUUACUUACUCAACGCUGUUGGGCGCCCUGCCUCAGGAGCAUUUAUCGAGCGUUUCGAAAAAAUCACCAAAGUGUCCGAUCUUCCCCUUGUAGUAUCUUUGGUAGCACCAUUGCCCCCCCCUCACAUUUAAAUGAUCUAAAGUUAUUGUUCAAAUUCCAUGGCAUCUAGUUAUUAACUUUGCUUUUAUGAGUCUGAUGCUGUGAAGGCGAAGCAUACGGGACACCACCAACAGUGGCUUCACUGCAAAGCUGCCAUCGCCUGUACACUCCGGUCUCUUUUAGUGUAUGUAUUUUUUAAUGAGGGAUGUAAAAAAAAAAAACAUGCACCGAAUCCUGAGCCCCGUUGCA